CUGAAACAUGGGCUUCAGUCCCUCUGAGGUCAGAGACGCCACUGCUUCCUGACCACGGCCACUGCAAGAAGAGCAAGAGGGAACACAGGUCAGCCGGAGUCAUGAGGGGUCGCUGCCAUCGGGCUGGAAGAGCUGCGAGGAGGAGGAGGCAGAAACGGGAACACAGCACCCAGCCUGUCACUCUGUGUCAUCAGCAGCAGUAUGUGAGGCUGAUGAAGUUUCUUCACCAACGAGGAUUCACCUCAUCACUGCUGCAGCCAGCCCUCUUCACUGACACAGGCAGAGCACUGCAGACUCUCAAAACUAUAAAGCCUGGCCAGCUGAUCAUUUCCCUGCCAGAGUCCUGCCUCCUCACCACCUCAACUGUACUGGACAGCUACCUGGGACCAUAUAUCAAGAGCUGGAAACCCCGUCUCUCUCCCCUGUUGGUGCUCUGUGUCUUCCUGGUGUGUGAGCGGCACCGAGGAGAGGCCUCUGAUUGGUUCCCCUACAUUGACGUGCUGCCCACCGCUUACACCUGCCCCGCCUAUUUUACAGAUGACGUCAUGUCUGUUCUGCCCAUCAGUGUGCGGAGGCAGGCCUUGGAGCAGAGGGAGGCAGUGCAAGAAAUCCAUUCAUUAAAUCAAGACUUUUUCAAAUCCCUGCAGCCAAUCCUGACUCAGCCUGUUGAGGAGGUAUUGACAUAUGUAGCAUUGAGGUGGGCGUGGUGUAGUGUCAACACACGCUCCGUCUUCAUGUCCCACCCGUCCAACAACUUCCUGGCUGGAGAGGACAUUUAUGCUUUAGCUCCUUUCCUGGACCUGCUCAACCACCAGCCUGAUGUGCAGGUAAAAGCAAGUUUCAAUGAUGGGACAAGAUGUUAUGAAAUCAGGAGUGUUUCCGGGUCACCCCGCUACCAGCAGGCCUUCAUUAACUACGGUUCCCAUGAUAACCAGCGCCUGUUGUUAGAGUAUGGAUUUGUCACCCCCUGCAACCCUCACAGUGUGGUCUAUGUGGACACAGAUCUCCUUUGUGAUGUUUUAAGUGGCGACAGGAGUUUAGUCCAGAAGAUCAAGUUUCUCGGGGCAAACGGCUUCCUUCAUAACCUGACAGUAUCCAGCGAAGGGCCCAGCUGGAGGCUGAUGACGGCUCUCAGACUGUUGUCUCUGCCACAAACGCUAUAUCACCACUGGAAGGCAGUGUUGCUCGGCCAGGCGGUGUGUGAAGAGAGGGAGAAGUGGAGCAUCCAGACAGCUGGAACUCUCUGUCAGCGACUACUACAAGACACACACGGAGCUCUGGAAAAGAUCUCCCACCUCCUGCAGCAGUGUGACCAGUCAGUCAGGGAGCAGCUGGAUGUGGUCAAGUCUCUGCGACAGGAGGAGAGGUGCAUCCUGGGAAACUGUCUUGAGGCGCUGGAAGGCAUGCUGAGUCAACCAUAUAACCUGUUGUCAUACCAACCUGAUGUUGUGAGGUGACAGCUGAUUGGUGGACUGGCCUGCCAGUCACUACAAGAAAGUAACUGGUGACACUGGACAGUCUUUGUAUUUACAGUAUGUUCUGCUUGUCAGCCAGGAUGGCUGACAGAGACUGUAGGUUGCCUGAUGCCUGGUAACCUGGUUUCAUUCCAGGUAUGAUAAAACUGCCCCGUUAUAGCACGGACAGGGACAGAGAGAGACUUAACAGGCUGGUCAAGAGAGCUGGGUCUGUCCUGGGCUGCCCCCUGGAU